AGAGAAAAGAAACCUUUGUGCCUUCAUUACAUUGUGUAUAGUUACAAAAAGUUAAAAACGAGCCUGCUUCCUUUGUAGUACUGCAGAUGUGCUUCGCCGUGGUUUCGCAACAGCCAUGGACCGUGCUGGGAAGAUUGCCGCAUUAUAUGUCCUGGUGAAAGUGGUAUCAUGUUCCAUAGCUGGCUUAACUUACAUGGACGCUCUCAAUCUGCUUCCAUCAAAGCCUUAUUUGAAGGGCGAAGAUCCCUGCAAUCCACUUUACUGGUACCCUAGACAUAUUCCAGAUUACUGUUAUACUCCAAAAUAUACUCCCGCUGCGCCAUCGCCAAAGCCCAUCCCUGUACCACCCCCAGAGCCAAUGCCAUUGCCUUUACUACCGGCGCCCGCGCCUCAACCGCCAAUGAUGCUGCCUAUGCCGAUGCCCUUACCGGCGCCGCCAAUGCCGCUCCCUGUGCCAUUGCCGAUGUAUUUACCGAUGCCUGCGGCACCCGCUAUGCCUAUGCCGAUGCCAGGACUAAUGCCUCUUCCAUCGUACCCAGCACCCGCACCAUUCCCCAUGGGGCCUCCUGCAUACCCACAAAAUUAUAUGCAGGUACCCACGAUUCAGAGAGGCUUAGUUCCUGGAGUGAAUGGACUAGUGUCUCCUGAUGGAGCAAUAAACAUCCUGCCGUUCUCGGACGUGUAUUCAGAGCUACUGGAGAAACACAAACAGAAAAUGAUAAGGAGACGACUGCAAAAACUUCUCGACGAAUACGAGAACAAUCCAAAAAAGAAAAGCCCCCGAAAACAAGUCUGGAUGGAUUAUGAGUAAUAAUAGGUACGGAUAUACAUAUUUUAGAUUGAGAUGAUGUCAUGUCAUUAAAACAAAAAUAUAAUAAUUAAACAUUUAUUACAAGUAUCUAUUAGUUAAUAUUGUAUAACUAAGUUUGCCUAUAAUAAAACUUGACUUAAACAAGAUAUGUAUAAAUUGUAAACUUACAUAUCAAGGACCAUCAAUAGACGUGAUUGAUCGUCAUUAACCUUAAUUAUUGGACGGAUUUCCUGAGGGCUACAAAAUGUACAAAUUAUUAUAAACACACAAAAAUAUGAUUAUAAAUACACUUGUUUAAUAAGUAGCUAAUAAUUACACUAUCCUAUUUAUUUACCCUAAAUUACAUAAAUAUAAAUAAGUUGCUAAAUGUGAAAUAUAUGAUAUGAUAUGAAAAAUUCGUCGCUUUCUUCGGUGAUGAUGAUCGUGAUGUAGAUUCAACCACAAAAACAAAUUGAAGUAUAUGUCACUGUACAGUCACGGACUCAAUUGUUGAUCCAUUUCUAGCUCUUAUUAUACUGGAACGUCAUAGCUUAACUAUGUGGAUCAACAAUUACUAAAGUCCGUGACCGUACCUAAUUCGUUCGGUUAAAAUAUUUCAAUUGAUAAUGAUAUCGUAAACAUUGCAUUACGAAAUAGACUUAUUGAUAUCACGUGUUAAUAUAAGAUGAUUUCUUAUAUUACUUACGGCUACAUUAUUACCAAAAUUUAACUAAUUUAUUGUAAGUACAUAUUGCCACAAGAGUACAAUGUCGAGUCAAAAAUAACUAAACUACAACCGUAAUAACAUUAAUAUAACAACAGUUGAACCAAGCAAAACAGUUCCUUGCUUAAUAAUUAGAGUUAUUAGUCAAGUACAAAUUGGCAAAAAAGAGUAGAAAUUAAAAAAGAGGCAACAUUAUAGGGUUGCCCCUUUGAAAACAAGAGGUGGGGGUACCACCCAACCCUACAAUGUUGCCUCAUUUUUGCCAGGCUGUAGACCCAUCAGUACCUAUGUCAAAAGGUCCUAAACAUGUUAUUGCCGAUUACAAAAGUUGUAAGUUUAUGGAUAGCGGAAUAAUCUCAUAUCCCGGCCAAUGCAUUUACUGAUAUUUACUGACUCGCCGAAAGUGUUUUAAUAUUUUUUUGUGCAUUAUACCGUACACUAUACUUAAAGCUAUUCAUUGCAUGAGCCCUAAUUGUAAAUAUUAUACCAUCAUAUAUUGACAUAUCUGAACCAAUAACAUGAAGCCGAGCUAUUUAACAUCGAGCGAGGGAACUAUCAAUUUGUUGCCAAGAUUCAACAAGCGGGGCGGGAGCAAAGGAUUCGAUCGGAUUACCAAGUUAGCAAGAGGAAGCUAAUAACAUCGGCGUCCUAUUCAAGAACACAUUUAAUACAUUUAUACAGGACAUUAAUCCGAUCUUAAUCUAGUACUCGCUUUACAAGAUCGUGGGCAUACAUCAUUAAACAUGUUUUUAAAUCUACAACAUGGUUUGCCUAAACUAACUACUACCUACUCUAAUGGAAUGUAAUGUAUGGACGGUCCUUAUUAAAACUUAAAUUGACUACUUUACAAAACAAACACCUUUAUAAGGCAACUCUUAUAAUAACUGUGUGUUGGAUACGUCAUACAAUUAGGUAUAAGUAAAUGAAUUCAUACUCAUAUUACUAAAAACGUUCCAUCGUUCAAUUUAACACAUUACCGGGCAGUUAAUUUAAUAAUAUUUAUUUUGUGAUGUUUUGUAGUUAUACCUGAAUGUUAUUGGAUUGUAUAACAGUGUUAUUGUGUUAACAAAGUAAGUGCAAGUUAAACGAGCUGGGAACAAGAAAUGUUUUUAAAUAAUACAUUCAUAAAGACUUUUGGCAUGCAUAGUGAACCGCUCCGUUGCCUAAAUGACGGUAUUACUCAACCUUCAGUUUGGUGGAUGGACCGACAUUAAAACCGUCGCUCUGCUCGUUAGUCAAACAAAUAGCUCGUGGCGCAGCAGAUAGCGGUGGACAGCGUUUUCGUCCUGUGAACGAUUUUUGUGACAUGUCACUACCAAUUUAGGAUACGCAUUGUUCCGGCGAAUCUGGACCUGCCGGAUAUAUAGACGUCGAAAUUGCCUGCAAUCUCAAAUAUUGGCACUCCAAACUCUAAAUUGACAUUUAUUGGACCUCGAA